GCCUUCCCUACCGAGCCGCCCUGAUUCACGCGUCCACUCGCGCGCUGGCGCUUCGGACUCGUGCAGCAGCAAACCGUCGGUACCAGCGCGAGAUGUCUCCUUCAUCCAUAUAGCACCUAAAUCACCGCAAAAGCGGGUGUUAGACAUCCGGAACCGUGGAUAAUACCCGACCGCCCGAGGCUUCGCACAAACAUCAUCCGGGAGCUUUAUCUGGUCCGACUGAAGCGAAUCCAGACCUGUUUGCAUUAUAAUACGGAUCCCUUUGGCUUCUAAAUACAUGCUAAUUCGGACAAAAUAUUGUUGAAUUUUCGGUGCACGCGAAGAUAACCAUGGCGAGUGACUCUCCCGCGAGGGGUCUGGAUGAAAUCGACCUGUCUGCUUUGCGGGACCCGGCUGGAAUAUUUGAGCUGGUGGAACUUGUUGGAAAUGGAACUUAUGGACAAGUGUAUAAGGGACGACACGUUAAGACGGGCCAGCUCGCUGCUAUCAAGGUCAUGGAUGUCACGGGGGAUGAAGAGGAGGAGAUCAAAGCUGAGAUCAACAUGCUGAAAAAAUACUCUCAUCAUCGCAACAUCGCCACCUACUACGGUGCCUUCGUCAAGAAGAAUCCGCCCGGCAUGGAUGACCAGCUCUGGCUGGUGAUGGAGUUUUGUGGCGCUGGUUCAGUGACAGAUUUGAUCAAGAACACAAAAGGGAACUCUCUGAAGGAAGAGUGGACAGCAUACAUCUGCAGAGAAAUCCUCAGGGGUCUGACCCAUUUGCAUCAGCAUAAGGUCAUCCACCGUGACAUCAAAGGUCAGAACGUUUUGCUCACAGAAAACGCGGAGGUCAAACUAGUUGAUUUUGGUGUGAGUGCACAGUUGGACCGCACUGUCGGCAGAAGGAACACGUUUAUCGGCACGCCAUAUUGGAUGGCUCCAGAGGUUAUAGCCUGUGAUGAGAACCCCGAUGCCACUUACGACUUUAAGAGUGACUUGUGGUCUUUGGGAAUUACAGCCAUUGAAAUGGCAGAAGGAGCCCCUCCGCUGUGCGACAUGCAUCCCAUGCGUGCCCUCUUCCUCAUACCCAGAAACCCAGCACCCCGACUCAAGUCCAAGAAGUGGUCCAAAAAGUUUCAGUCAUUUAUUGAGAGCUGUUUGUUGAAGAAUCACAAUCAGAGACCCAGUACGGAGCAACUCAUCAAACAUCCCUUCAUCAAAGACCUCCCCAAUGAGAGACAGGUCCGAAUUCAGCUCAAAGACCACAUCGACCGAACCAAGAAGAAGAGGGGAGAGAGAGAUGAGACCGAAUACGAGUACAGUGGAAGCGAAGAAGAGGAGGAAGAGCGUGAUGUAGGAGAGCCAAGCUCCAUCAUAAACAUCCCUGGUGAAUCGACCCUGAGGCGGGACUUCCUGCGUCUGCAGCUGGCCAAUAAGGAGCGCUCGGAGGCGCUGAGGAGACAACAGCUAGAACAGCAACAGAAUGAGGAGCACAAGCGCCAACUACUGGCGGAGAGGCAGAAACGCAUCGAGGAGCAAAAGGAGCAAAGGAGGAGACUGGAGGAGCAACAACGACGGGAGAGAGAGCUCCGAAAACAGCAGGAGAGAGAGCAGAGGAGGCGCUAUGAAGAGAUGGAGCAGCUGAGGAGAGAGGAGGAGAGAAGGCACGCUGAGAGAGAGCAGGAGUAUAUCCGUCGGCAGUUAGAGGAAGAACAGAGGCAGCUAGAGAUCCUACAACAGCAGCUCCUUCAAGAACAAGCUCUCCUCCUGGAGUACAAGCGGAAGCAGUUGGAGGAGCAGCGGCAGGCCGAGCGGUUGCAGAGACAGUUGCAGCAGGAGCGGGCGUUUCUCGUCUCAUUGCAACAACAGCAGCAAGAGCCACGGCCCGGCGAAAAGAAACAACUGUACCACUACAAAGACUCUGUCAACCCCAGUGACAAACCAGCCUGGGCAAAAGAGGUCAUGAAGGGAGCUGAGAGUAACUCCCCUCGAAUCCCUCCCAAGAAGCAUCAUUCAUUUAACCACCCCGGAGAAAAACGUGUCCAGCAGCACCUCCAACUUGAGCAGAAACCCUCUUAUCAGCCCUCCAGGCCUCCCUCUUUCCCAGCAGCCUCCUCUUCCCAUUCCAGAGAGAUAGAGAUGGCUGGGGCUCAGCUCAGGCUAGUCAGCGGGGCUAACGUUCCUAGAAUCCGUGUGUCCUGUGAGCCGGAGGCGUCCGAGUUAGUCCGCUUGGCACAGCAGCUACACGAAGAGUCAAGAGGCCGCAAUCCCGGCCGUCCCAACAAAGGCCUCGAAAUAGAGAGGGAUGUUACGGUCUCAAAGGUUGAAGAGCGUUCCAAGAUGAACCGCCAGAGUUCUCCGGCUCUUCAGCACAAAGUGGCAAACCGGAUUUCCGACCCCUCCCUGCCCCCACGCUCCGAGUCCUUCAGCAGUGGAGGUAUACAGCAGGCCCGAACGCCACCCAUGCACCGCUCGGUAGAACCUCAGAUGGCCCACCUGGUUUCGGUGAAAUCUCAUGGCUCCUCAAUGACGGGAUCUCAGUCGCUCCAUGAUCAGUCAUCUCAGGGCGUCUCAGCCUUCCAGGAGGGUCUGUCUCCUCACCGACCCCCGAUGCCCCGUCAGAACUCCGACCCCACGUCGGAAACCCCAGCUCCACCGCCUCGCAUCAACAGCCGAGAUGACAAGUUUGACAGGAGCUCCUGGCUGAGACAGGAAGACGACGUCCCUCCAAAGGUCCCCCAACGGACCACCUCCAUAUCACCUGCGCUGGUGAGGAAAAAUUCCCCAGGUAAUGGGCCAGGUGGCCUGGGGCCAAGAACCGGAGCACAUCUGAUCCGAGCCAGUAACCCAGACCUGCGGAUUCCCAUGGAGUCGGCCCUCCAGAGAACCAGCAGCGGGAGUUCUUCCAGCUCCAGUACGCCCAGCUCGCAGGGCGGCUCCAGCGAGAGGAACCGGGUGGGAGGGUCCGGAAAGUCUGAAGGAUCUCUAGCAGUGUCCCAGGAACCCAAGACUAAAACCCAAGAGGAGAACAGGGAGGUGACCAGACCCAGCCGACCAGCGGACCUCACUGCUCUGGCCAAAGAACUCCGAGAGCUGCGAACGAAUGAAGACACCAACCGCCCGCCCAGGAAGGUGACGGAUUACUCGUCGUCCAGUGAGGAUUCAGAGAGCAGCGAGGAAGAGGAUGGAGAGGGCGGGGCUAAUGAUGGGACUGUGCCAGUCAGCGAUAUUCCACGUAUCAUGCCUUCUGCUGGCCAGAGUGGCAAUGACUCAUUGGGCAACCAGGAAGAUUCUCAUCCCAAUGAUUCAUUCUCCAAAAAUUCUCAAGACACCUCCCUGAUGAUGCGAGAGACGUUUGGGGAAAGAAAGCUCGGUCAUGCCGAGAGCAAUGGUUUUCCCGGUAACCUCAAUCUGCCUGAUCUAGUACAGCAAAGCCACUCCCCCUCGGGCAUGCCCGGUGAGGGCUCUGGGAGGCACUCUAGUGGGCAGGACCUGGACUCGGUGGCUGAAUUUGGGAUGGGGAGCGGAUCCAAAGCCUCCUUCACACCUUUUGUGGACCCACGUGUGUAUCAGACCUCCCCCACAGAGGAUGAUGAGGAUGCCUCGGGUCAUUUUGCGGAUGAACUCCUGAGGCACGAGCAAGAACAGGAACAAGCUCGAUUGAACGAGGCACGGAAAAUUUCAGUCGUUAACGUCAAUCCCACCAAUAUCCGGCCUCACAGCGACACCCCCGAAAUCCGCAAGUACAAGAAGCGUUUCAACUCUGAAAUCCUGUGUGCGGCAUUGUGGGGAGUAAAUCUGUUGGUAGGAACGGAGAAUGGACUCAUGUUACUAGAUCGCAGUGGUCAGGGAAAAGUUUACAAUCUCAUCAACCGUCGACGCUUUCAGCAGAUGGAUGUGCUGGAGGGUCUCAAUGUCCUGGUCACCAUAUCAGGUAAAAAGAAUAAACUGAGGGUCUAUUACCUGUCAUGGCUCAGAAACAGGAUACUUCACAAUGACCCCGAGGUAGAGAAAAAACAAGGCUGGAUUACGGUUGGUGACCUCGAGGGGUGUGUCCACUAUAAAGUCGUCAAAUAUGAAAGGAUUAAGUUCUUGGUGAUUGCUUUGAAGAAUUCAGUGGAAAUUUACGCCUGGGCUCCAAAACCCUACCACAAAUUCAUGGCUUUCAAGUCUUUUACAGAUCUUCCGCACAAGCCCCUGCUGGUUGACCUCACAGUUGAGGAGGGUCAGAGGUUAAAGGUCAUCUACGGCUCCAGCGUUGGUUUUCACGUGAUAGACGUCGAUUCUGGAAACCCGUACGAUAUCUACAUUCCGUCUCACAUUCAGAGCAGUGUUACCCCUCACGCCAUUGUGGUGCUUCCCAAGACCGACGGCAUGGAGAUGCUUCUGUGCUAUGAAGAUGAGGGGGUCUAUGUGAACACAUACGGCAGAAUCACUAAAGACGUGGUGCUCCAGUGGGGAGAGAUGCCCACCUCUGUUGCUUACAUCCACUCCAACCAGAUCAUGGGCUGGGGAGAGAAAGCCAUUGAGAUCCGCUCCGUGGAAACGGGACACCUCGACGGAGUUUUCAUGCACAAGCGAGCUCAGCGACUGAAGUUCCUUUCGGAGAGAAACGAUAAAGUGUUCUUUGCCUCGGUCAGAUCAGGAGGCAGCAGCCAAGUUUUCUUCAUGACCUUGAACAGAAACUCCAUGAUGAAUUGGUAAUUCGUCCACGCCCUCCCCUGCAUUGUGUCUGUGGAUCUUUUCUACUUUAUUGAAAAGUGUGGAAAAAUGGAAAGACAGGCAGAAAAUCCAGGUGUGCUGGACAAUCUGGCAGACGGCGAGCAGAACAAAACUUUCCCGGGUUCUUUCUCAGAAGAGUCAAAGACGAUCGAACUCAACUCCACAGCCAAAAUCUGGAAGCUGCCAUAAACAAAGAGGUUCCAAAAAAGAACAACCGGUCUGCGUUAUUUUUUACGGCUCUUUCGUUGAUGUAUGUGGGGUUCUGAUGUUUUUGUCAUUACAAAUAUGUAUCUAGAGUCUUCUGGAGGAGAUUAGUAAAAGACUGAAAUUACAGGACCCUCAGAAUAGAGUGAAUAUUUAAGCAAGUGAUUUGUACUGUUAAGACACUUUUGACACAAUAAUUCAACGUCAGUUUAAACCUCCCUCGCGGGAUGCGAUUUGUGCGAUCCAACAUCUACACCCCAGACUUUGUGGGCAUAUUUCAUUCUUUGUUUUUAGAACGAAUCUUUUUCAUGUUUCAGCUCGGAAUGCACACAGACGUUUGUGACACGUCGACGUCAUCCCAAUGUGUGAAUUUAACUGAUAAUUUAAGACUUGUAUGAUACUUGAUUCAUGACAUUAUAUUGGAGCAGACACACUUUUGGGCUGUACACAAAAUGCCUUAAAUAUGAAAUUGCAAUGCUGCUCGGUUUAAUUUUUUAGGUCCAUUUUGAUGUGUGUGCGUGUUUAUGUAAAGAAGGGAAAAUACUGCUAUUAGAUGGAAAUUGAUGCCUGUUUGUAAUGGAAAUAUGCAUGAUCCUCUCAUGAUCCUAAACAGUCAUGAUGUGCAUUCCUAGUUAUGUGCUAAAGUUCUGUAGUAUUUAAGAUGCGGUUGAAGUUUGUGUUCGUGCACUGUUUCUUGCACUCAGGGAGAUGGUGCUGUAGAUCAGACUUCUGUAGAAUGAACUUAUUUUAUUUUUCAUUGUCUAUCAAACAAACACAUUGUGAGCAUUUGAUAUUAGUGUUUUUUUUUUUUAUGGCAACAUGCACUGGUGCGUGAAUGUCCACAUAACGCAAGACAUUUAAAAAGUAAAUCUUAUCUGCAGGAACGACUCUUUGUAAAAAUUCACAGGGCAGAUCUAUAAAUACUACAGAGCUUUGUAAUGAAACAUCAAAAAGUACAUUACUAUUUCAUUGAGUCUCACAAUAGCUGUUAGUGUGUGUGUGUAGAUAUGUGUAUGAUUGGAUGAAUGAUGCAAAGUUUUCCACGAACAAAACAAAAAAACUAGUUGUGUUGUCAUCAACAUACCAGCAGUUUUUAAAUAGUUAAGGAACGAGGGAAACAUGCCUCCCCGUGUCAUUUAGAUAAGAAUGUUUUCUAUUUACAUUUAUUUUCGCACAACUCUCAGCAAAGUGCAAUAACGGCCGAGGGACGGCGAGUAAAGUCCUCACUGUUCCUCAUGAUGGAUCUUUAAUCUCCAACUAUUUAUAGAGGGACGUUCACAGACCGUCUGUAAAUAUCCACUUCCUGCGGUGAGAGAGGAUCUUGCUUCUGAAAUGAAUGCAUUUGAAACUGUGAGGGUGUGACAGAAAUGUGUGAUGUUUUAUCCCAAUGUGUCACAAAUGUGCACCUAAUUUUGUGUGAAUCACAUGAAUCGGUGAACUGAACGGUAGUGUUUUGUGAGAGCUUCCCUUUGGGCUACCUCGAUUCUGUUCACCUGUUAGGGUUCAGUUUUCUGACCACGAGGUAGAGAAAACCUCUAUGUAAGUGAAACGAUAUAAGGCAAUAUUUAAGAUUGAAGGGACAAAUAUUUCUUCUCUGAGGGUGUUUUAAGUCUUUUGCAAUUCAACAUAUAGACCAGUGAAUUUUUCCAAAGUAAUUUCAAUUAGCUCAAUAAUUGGCUUUGAAUAUGUACUUAUUAAUGUAAAAAUGGCAAUGUUGUCAUGUGUAGAUUCAGAGGUGACUUGAGUGUAGAACAUCAGAAAAAUUCUUCCAAAAGAAAAAAAGUAGCCAAUUCAAGCCUAAUCUUAAUGUUAAUAGAGAUCCUUCUAAAUGACAUAGCAUUCUAUAAAAAUACAAGAAACAAGUUCCUUAAUAAUAUACUUUCAUUUGUAUAGUUUUAUACAUUUCCACUGCUGUAUGGAAUGGCAAUAGUGUGUAGAAUUCACAAUGUCACACAACUGGAAACUUUUUUUGUUAUACAAACUGUGAACUGAGUAUGGAUGUGUGUGCAGGAUUGAUGUCUCCCCUGUAGUUAUGGGGUCUUCCCAUCAACUUUAUCAACACAGAUGUAAACUGUGAGGUUGGUUGAUCUGUUUAUUAUCUUAUGCACCACCUCCAAGGUGGUUGCUUUGUGUAGAUAGGUUUUUGACGUGUGACCUUAUUUUUACAUUAACUGGAAAUUGAUACAGUAAGUACAUCCUUUAGCCUGAAUCUGUUGUUUUAUUUCUCUUUCUUUUAGUAUUUUGUGUAUUAAACUUUUAAGAUUUAUAGCACAACUGCGUAUUCCGGAUAUUGGUUAUUUUUAUGGUUGCUGCAAUUUGUGCGUGUGUGGGAGUGUGUUUUAUUCUUUAGGCCUGUAAAACCACCAAUAAAGAAACGAAAACGGGCAUGUUCACAUUAAAAUGAGGAAUGGUGAGCUGUAACUGGACAUACCAUUUUUGAUUUUCAUAUUUCAUAAUGUGCUACCAUGAAGUUCAUAUUAAAUGUUAGGUUGCGCUAUUUUUUAAAUACAUUUUUGUAGGCUAUGAGAAUGGGUUUUUCCAUGUAACUAUAAGUGUAGCCUGGGCUUCUAAGAGAUUCUGAUCUCAUUUAAUCCGUGCCUAGUCCAUAAUGUUUUUUAGUUCAUUGCUUUCGAUUUCGAUUACAGUACAUGAUGUAAAUCACAACAAUACCAAAAUGCCCUCCUGUCAUCCAACCCACAAAAGAGCUGUAUCAUCUGAACUGAAUAUUCUGUGGAUAUGGAACUUUUUUAAACCCAGUUUUGCUUGAUAUUUUGAUCCAUUUUAUUUAUUGUAUUUUACAGUGCUGAAAUGCUGGUAUCUCAUUGUAUUAAGAAAAUUUUAUUAAGUUUAAUUAGUGAAUUAGUUUGUCUUAAAGAAUUUUGAAAUCUGUACUAUCAUGACAAAGAUGCUUUACUACGAGUGCUUCAUUUAAACAACUCUUAGUUUAAACUGUUUUUACACUUCAUUUUAUAGUUAGUUUUAUUUUUUAAGCAACAUUGUUAUGCCCAAUUAUCCGGCUAAAUACAUCCCCCUUAUUAUUGCAAAACAUUUUAAAAUAGUUGUUUGUAAAAGUAUUUUGGUUGUGUUAACGCACAUGUUCAUGUUAGAGGAUCCUACAGAGGAAAAUUGCAUAUCAAAUAGCUGGUUGGAGGAUCAGUCUAGAAAAGCUAGGCUAUUAGCAAUAAUAAGCAUUUUUUAUGUUGUCAGACUUCAUGUUGGACCUUUUUUACUUUGGCUGUAUAAUAAUAUAGCUUGAGUUUAUUCCUAUUCAAAUAGAGUUCAAAGAUUCUGAAUGAAAACUAAAUGAAAUGGAAACAUGGAACAUAUUUCAAGCCCAGCGUGUUCACUUGUCUCCCAAAACCAUGAUUUUUUCUUUGGUUUUUUUUUUAAAUAAAUUGACACAUCAAACCAGA